AUGACUUUCAAGCGCCGAAAUGGUGGUCGCAACAAGCACGGCCGUGGACACGUCAAGUUCAUCCGCUGCUCUAACUGCGGCAAGUGCUGCCCUAAGGACAAGGCCAUCAAGAGGUUCUUGGUGAGGAACAUUGUUGAGCAAGCUGCGGUUAGAGAUGUCCAGGAAGCUUGUGUCUAUGAGCAAUACACUCUGCCAAAAUUGUAUGCCAAGAUGCAGUACUGCGUUUCCUGCGCAAUUCACUCUCACGUUGUGAGGGUGCGAUCUCGCACCAACAGGAGGAACCGUGAGCCACCACAGCGAUUCAUCAGACGCAGGGAUGAUGCCCCAAGGCCUGGUCAGCCUGGCCAAGGUCCUCGACCUGCUGGUGCCCCUGUUCCUGCUCGUACUUGA